UUUUUUUUUGCAAUUUCGUUUUUACGGGAUUGAGAUACUCCUCCCGUUGGUUUGAAUGGACAAGCCCAUCAAUGGCGACAAGUAUGUUCGCACGCUUUCUCACUACUUUCGCCACAAUCAAAAGCGUCUUGUCCCAGUAGAUCCCGAUGCCAGUAACGACACCAAAGGAAUUACACAGGGUGCAAGAGAGAACAAGAGCAGCAGCAGCAACCACAGCAAUAGUGUUGUAGGACAGAGUGUCCGCUCCAUUAUCACGCCUGCGGAUCCCAUGGCCGCUGCAUAUUCUGGCAUGGUCAAUUCGCUCUGGUCUGUGGGGAGUGCCGUCGUUGAUUCAUUAACUCCUUCGUCUACUCAGAGACCCCCAACAACGGCUCAGGAUCGUGACUCGUAUAGCGGAGCCUGGGAUGGGACAGGGACAAUUCCCGCAGACUCUAAUCCGCGAGAACGACAGCUGUAUCUUCAGGCCCAAUUGAAAGCGCCGAUCUUUCCUCUAGAUUUAUACUAUCUCCUCUAUUUGCUGGACCGAUUUGAACUAGAGGGGAUUGAAAUUGAAGGAUGGGAAGGGAGUGUCCCUCGAGCUGUCGGUGACUCGAAGCCACGUGUUCUGAAUGCGAGCAAUGGAUCGACUUACUCGUCUUUCCCGCCCCCAAAUGCUUCAACGCGUCCACAAUCUAUUCGGUCCUUCUCAUCAACUGCUCUCUCAACCUUGACGCUCAUCACAGGAUGGAAACAAUGGUCAAGUGCGGCGUCCUCGAACACAAACAACAUGACCAUCUCGGACGACGUUCACUUUAUCCACAAGUUCUUGAAAAAGAUUGCUGGUCUACGUCUCGUCGCAAAAAUGGCUCCUGACCUUGAUCCCGCUGGCAAGGGCAAGAUUGAAGGCUAUAAUGCGCAAGAGAUUUUAAAUAUACUGGCUGUCAACCCCUCAGACGACUCUUCUUCUUCUUCCUCGAGACGACAACAACAACAACGAGUCUUGCUCCCCUUGGCAGCCACAUUCUCAUCUCUGACUCAUUUAGAGCUACAUAAAAUCCCACCAAAGUGUGUUGAUGGAUGGGAGACUUUGAUGCGUCAAUUAAAGUCACUGGUCAUUAUUCAAGCUGGGCUGGAGGAUGUUCACGAUGCGAUCGUUACAGCAGUGGUUGAGAGUGAGAGGCGCCGUCGAGAACGAAUCUCUAAAGAGAAGAACCGGGCUGUUUUGAUUCGACAGGAGCAACGAGAGGCACUAAAAGAUUCAACCUCAGUCACUAUGGGCCGUCGUCAUGGGCAAGGAUCUUCUUCCGGAUCAUCCUCUUCUGGACCAUCCUCACCCGAGAACUCUCAACCACCCUCACCAUCGUUAGCUGUUGAUUUAAGCGGAGACGAAGCAGUAAUAUUGAAUUCUAUCGAAAUGUGGCCAGUCCUGCGACACUUGUCUGUUUCUGAUAAUGCCAUCCCUACUUUGAAACACAACGACACAUUCUUGUAUGCUCAGGCGAUUGUUACAUUAGAUCUCUCUCAUAAUCUGCUGAUUGCGCCACCACAUGCUCUCAUUCAUCUGCACAAUUUACACUAUCUCAAUCUGUCUUACAAUAUGCUUUCAGGUGUUCAGGCGAUCUACCAAAUUCUGGGCAAUAUUGCAGUACUAGACCUGCGAGGCAAUCGACUGGAGAGCCUGUGUGGUUUGGAGAGACUAUGGAACUUGGAAAAGGUCGAUGUUCGUGAGAACAACCUGGAUGAAGCUGCAGAAGUGGGACGAUUGGCAGCCCUCCCUUGCAUUCGUGAAAUCUGGGCAGAAAUGAACCCAUUUUGCACUAUCCAGCCAAAGUACCGUCUUGAGAUCCUGGCUGUAUUCAAGGCGAAUGGACAUGAAUUGCUUCUUGAUGGGUCAUUUGCCUCGUUUGCAGAGAAACGUACUCUUGCAAACAUGAGCCCAACAUCGUUUUCAUCCACAAUUUCGAGUAUCAGUGUCGUUAAUGUAGCUAAUAUACCCGCAGCGUCCGUCCCAACAGCUACUUUGGCUAAGGAGCUUGCGCCACCACCACCACGCAUUACCAGACCAACUGAUGCUACGAAACAAGAAACACAUGGCAACAUUAAUGAUGAUAGUAGCACAGAGUUGGAUACUACAGACAAGGAUGGAUUGGCUGCUGCAUCGCCUGGCAUCAACCCUUCGUCUCCUGUCAAACUUGUCAAGAAGAAGCUAGUCAGGUCGUCCAAGCGGGUUAAACGCAUUGUGAACCUUGACAGUGAUCAUGACGACGACAGCCAUGAGGAGGAAGGGGAGGAGGCGGAGAUAGGCGAACAUCAUGAUGUAGCUGAAGGAAAUGCGGCAGUAGCUCAUCCCAAGCCCUUGGACGCACGUGCUGCUAGCGUUAAAAAGAAGAGGUCAACCAAGAAGGCUGGUGCUAGUGUUGAUGCUGAGAAAACAGGGAAUGAAAGUGGGGAAGGUGUUCCAAAGAAGAGCAGAAAGAAGUCAACAAAGAAAAAGAGCUCUGGCCUUGUCAGUUUUGCUCCAGAUAGUAACGGCAAUAACAAUGGAGCAGCAGAUCUUGGCGAAGACUGCAUUGAUCAUUCAGAGUGCAGAGACAACCAUCACGUUCACCGCUUAGCACAACUGGAGCGCUCUUUGAACUCGAUCCAGCUCAAUAAUAAUAAUAAUAAUCACCAUGGUAAUCAACAUCAGGCGCGGCAUAACCAGCCCUCACGGGGGAUCCUCAAAAGGUCCUCAGGCGUGUUUGAUCCGAAUGACCCUGCGGGCAUGAGGCCGUCUUCACCCAAUGGAUCUAUGUGUUCAUCCGAUGAUGGGGGUGCAGAAGCCUACAGACGCAAAAUUGAAGCUAUGCGUAACGAAGCUGGGUCCAAUUGGCUAAAGGUCUUGGCAGAGAUGGACAGCGAAAACACUGUGCCACAGAGAGAUAGUGGCAUGUAAAAAAAAAAAAAAGCAGACCUUUAUUAAGAGAAGUAAUAAUAUAUCACACGUGAUUUAUACCGUCG